GCGCUAUAAAAGUGACCACGAGUUGGCACUGUACGCGAGAGUCCAUUUUGGAGUGUGGCCUUUUUUUUAGCGCCUAUAUUUUACAGUUAUCAAAAACGACCGUAAUGGCCGACGCGGAGAAUCAGUUCAUGGAGACGUCCGAGAACGGGAACGAGGAGGACUUGAACGGUGCGGAGAUCGCAGAGGAGGCCGCGGCGGAGGACGAUAACGGAACCGGCGAAGGAUCCCAGAUCGACGCGAGCAAGGGCGAGGAAGAUGCCGGAAAAAUGUUUGUCGGAGGUCUCAGCUGGGACACCAGUAAGAAAGACCUAAAGGACUAUUUCUCCAAGUUUGGAGAGGUGACUGACUGCACCAUCAAAAUGGAUUCGAACACCGGCCGGUCGCGAGGGUUCGGCUUCAUUCUCUUUAAAGAGGCAGAAAGUGUGGAGAAGGUGUUGGUGCAAAAGGAACACAGACUAGACGGGCGUCAGAUCGAUCCCAAGAAAGCCAUGGCCAUGAAGAAGGAGCCAGUCAAGAAGAUCUUCGUUGGCGGCCUUAACCCUGAGACUACCGAAGAGAAGAUCCGCGAAUAUUUUGGAGCGUUUGGCGAGAUGGAAACGAUUGAACUUCCAAAUGAUCCAAAAACAAACAAAAGAAGGGGAUUUGUUUUCAUCACGUUCAAGGACGAAUCCUCUGUCAAACAAGUUCUUGAGAAGAAAUAUCAUAAUGUUAGCGGAAGCAAGGUAUGCGAGAUCAAAAUUGCCCAGCCCAAGGAAAUCUACCAGCAGCAGCAGUAUGGGAAUCGUGGAGGCUAUGGAGGUCGCGGCAGGGGGCGCGGAGGCCAGAACCCGAACUGGAACCAGGGAUAUAACAGCUACUGGAACCAGGGUUACGGGAAUCAGGAUUAUGGCGGAUAUGGAGGCCAGCAGGGUUAUGGCGGAUAUGGUGGCUAUGGUGGUUAUGGCAACUAUGACUACUAUGGCUACGGUGCAGGCUAUGAAUACGACCAGGGCAAUACAAGCUACGGCAAAACGCCAAGACGCGGAGGUCACCAGAGUAGCUACAAGCCAUACUGAUCACAUGUACAACAGGACUGAAGUAUUCUCCAACCAAGAGUCCGUGACACGACGACAACAGUUCAAGGACUCUUCCCUUCUACAGACAAGAUCAUGAUCCAUUUGUACAGAACCGAUGAAUAGGGAAGGCAAAGUCACACUUCCACGUUUUUUAUUUUAAUUUUAUUUUCCUUUGUCCACAUUUCCAGGGAUGGAAGUGUAAUUUUUACUGUACUUUUUGGUACCUUUUUUGAAUAAUGUAUUGUAUGGUUGUAUUUUACAUGUCUACUGGAUUUACCACAUGAGGUUCGGGAGCUGCCAGAGCUUUUGAAAUAAAACAAUUUUGAGUAACUUCCAGUGUUUGCAGAUGUUUACUACACCCAUGUUGCUUUCUGUCGUAUAGCUCCAAACAAACCUGCAAAUGAGAGAUCAUCUAUCAGAGUCCUGUGAAUGUUUGAAUUUUCAAUGUCUGCUUGAAUGAACUAGUUUUAACUUGCUUAAUGAGAGAUGCUCAAGCUUUUUGUUGACUAGAGAUAUUUGGUAGAAAUAAAUGUUUUUUUGUAAGUUAAGUGUUCUGUUUAUUGGCUGUUAGUGAUUUUGUUCUUUUUAUUUAAGUGAUUUAGCAACGCGACAGCAAAUACCAUAGCUGCAGUAAAAUACCAUCUUACAACAGUAAAACUCACUAAAGGUCUGUUUUAACUUGGUACCUCUGUAUUUGUUAAAGUACAGAAAGGAUUGCAAUUGUAGUUUUGAUAAAAUGUCUGUUGGUAUUGGCGAUAUUAAAAUGCCAACUAGACAAAUUUUGCAGAAAAGGAACUUUAAAAUGUUUUGUGCAUUCUAAUUGAUGUCAAACUGCGUUGGAUUGCUAAAAGUAGUGAUAACAAAGUAUACAGCUAACAAACACAAUUAAAACAUGAUUUUUAAAAACUUAUUUUUGUUUUUGCAAAUAAACUUCACUUCUGUGUUGUGUGAA